AUGCCAGAACCUUUGACCAUGCUACCAUACCCAAACACAAUAUUUCUUACUGGUGCCACCGGCUAUGUUGGCGGCUCUCUGCUAGUCUCCCUAGUUCGCACAUAUUCUCUUGCGAAAAUCACUGCACUAGUGAGAAAUCCUGAAGACUUGAGCGCGGUAUCUGGGGUUGGGCAUAGCGUUCAUGCUAUUUUAGGCUCUCAUGUGGAUAAGGAAUUAAUUAUUGAAGAAGUCUCAAAAGCGGAACUCGUUAUCCAACUCUCUAAUCCGGACGACCUAUUAUUCAUUCAAUCCAUUGUAGCGGGUCUCAAACUACACAAAGAGAGGACUGGGAAUCGACCCCUUUAUUUUCAUGCAACGGGGACAUUCACAUAUGCCGACAAAAUAACUGGCGAGCUGCAGAGAGAGUACGUUCCAUGGGACGACACCGAAAAACCAAGACUUAGAGAUAUGGUUGACAUCGAUGCUCCUCAUAGGAUAGUGGACCUUGAAGCAAUCAAAGUUCAUGAGGAAAACAUAGCGGACGUACAUUUGAUCUGUCCGCCUACGGUCUAUGGCGUUGGAACUGGACCGGUUCGGCGUACUUCCACUUUCAUCCCUUAUGCGAUGAGCUGA